AUUUUCUCCAAUACCAUACUCGUUUUCGAAAGGAUCCCUCUUCAGCAAUUACCCUAUCCACUCUCGCUAAACCCUCAACAAUAAGCAGCAAAUAGACUCUUUUGCUGGAAAUGAUUUACUACGGAACACCAUAACCAUGAUAUCCACUAAAUCACAACUGUCAAUAGGUUUUGCUGCUGAUGCAACAAAUGCGAAAUACCUUGUAAAUGUUCGUGUCCAUAUGCAAAAGUUGUGCCGGUUACUACUGCUACUUUUGAUAUCCCUGUCAUGCACAUUCGCUAUACCAACGACUGUUACACCUAUCAAUGAUGGAAUUAUCGAUUUAGACAUUGGACAACUUAACAGAAUAUCAAAACAAAAUUGGGCAUUGGGCGUCACCUUCAUUCUCAUUGGACUUUUUGAAGUUUUUUAUGGCUUCAAGUUCAUUCGGUUAACCCUCUUUGUCACUGGAUUUCUUGCUUGGGCGGUUGCCGCCAUGAUGAUUAUGCUUGCGAUUCGAUGGGACCUCAUCUAUACGACGUUUAUACCAAAGUACUAUUACUUUUGGCUUUGGUUGGCAGCUGGUCUCGUGGGCUCGAUACUAUCGUUCCGCUUUUGGGAUCUCGGCGUUACAUUCACGGGUGCAUUUGGCGGGUUUGCUCUAGCUAUGAGCAUUGUUGCCAUUGCCAACCUCUCAAUCACGAACGCUGGGCGAUAUGUGAUUAUGGGAUCAUUUAUUCUGGGAGGAGCCGCUCUCGCUACAUUUUUCGAACGAUUUUUCAUCAUUUUCUCCACUAGUUUUGGGGGCGCGUACAUCUUCAUGUUUGGUGUCGAUCAGUUCGCCCAAGUUGGUUAUCGUGAAAUGAUCGUGAUCUUCGACUUUACGGGCAAAACAUUCACCUACCAUCCAAGCUGGGAUGUCUACUUGAUGCUUGGGUUCUCACUUAUCUUGGCAGGUCUUGGUAUUGGAUGGGAGUUUUGGCAUCAUUCUGCACCGCUAUUGAUGGAUAGAAAGGCUCUUUUUCGAAUAUAUGGAAGGCCAUUUGGGAAACGGCCCAGGGAGCUUAUUGGGCAAAAGAUCCAUCAUUGCCUUAAGGCUAAAUCAGAUCUUUAUGCGCAUAUUUUCAGCUGCCACUGUUUUCACCGUUGGACUAUUGAUGAUGUCUUAUACAAUGAAGAGGAUCUGUAUGGAGUUUGCAUUCCAGUCUCAGAUGGUUCACCAGCAACAGUACCAACAGCACCAACAGCACCCUUUGUACCAAAUGAUGGCCCAACCAAAGAACCAAAGCCCUCAGCGUCUACAGAUAGUGGCAACACGGACGUACCACCGAAACCUGCUCCCGUAAGCAAAGAACCGGAGAGGCAUAUCGAUGUCUUUGACGAGAAAUCGGAGGCUAUUUGUGACAAUAGCAACGGUACUGAAAGUCAAUAUGAAAGCGCCAAACAUGACACUGAGAGUGGCCAUGAUUGUACUGGACAAAAAGAAUCAACUAUGACAAUGACAACAAAGACAAUCACAUCAGUGACAUUUGAGGAGAGCUACAGUACAGAUCGAGCAACGGAUCCAGAAGAGUCGCAACAUCUUGAAUUGCAUCACCCAUUAUUUUCUCCACAUGUGGGUGACCGUACCAUGGCAAUGCUGCGACUAGUAACCGAGAAUAGGAGCUCAGGCAAUACCAUACCUAGAAACCUUUUGAGAGGUGACUUUAACCGUGUUGAAACAACGGUGACAUCUUCAGCUGGAAUUGAAACUGCGAAAAGCACAAGAUCAGGGGCCUGGUACUCCUCUAUCUCUGAUAAUUCAGAUAUUGAAUCAAGUACUAACCUCACUGACGGUCUUGGUCAUCAGAUACCGGAUGUUUCAGAUAAUUAUCAAGAUUCUGCCGAUCUUCAAGAAUCUGACGACUUCAUUGGGGAUGAUACUAACUGGCCGCAAAUGGGUUCAAAACGUGAUGCAUAA